AACAGCACACAACAUUGCCCCCAAGCCAUAAAUAAACAUGCCGUGUCUGUUCUGUUUCUUCCCUCCCCCAAUGGCCAAUGGCGAAUAGACACUGUAGCUUCUAGUCACUUACAUUGAUAAGCUUCACCUUAAAAGAUUAAGGAAGGAAGGAACUCACAACUCACAACUACUCCACUGCAAAAUGAAGCUGUCCUAUUGCUUCAUUGUGAUCCACUCAAUAUUCUUGUUCUUGUGCUUCACAUUCACACUCUCAUUGGCUGAAAAUGUCACCUAUGACUCUCACUCUCUCAUCAUCAAAGGCCAGCACAAGCUCCUCAUCUCCGCUGCCAUUCACUACCCUCGCAGCGUUCCCGCGAUGUGGCCGGGUUUGGUUCAAACAGCGAAGGAGGGAGGGGCCGAUGUGAUUGAAACGUAUGUAUUUUGGAAUGGUCAUGAACUUUCUCCAAACAAUUAUUAUUUUGGGGGGCGAUACGAUCUGGUCAAGUUUGUGAAGAUUGUUCAGCAGGCGGGUUUAUAUUUGAUUCUUCGAAUUGGUCCAUUUGUUGCAGCAGAAUGGAACUUUGGUGGCAUACCUGUUUGGCUGCAUUAUGUGCCAGGCACUGUUUUCCGGACAGACAACGAGCCUUUUAAGUAUUACAUGCAGAAGUUCACAACAUUCAUAGUGAACCUAAUGAAACAAGAGAAGCUUUUUGCAUCACAAGGAGGUCCCAUCAUUUUGGCCCAGAUUGAAAAUGAAUAUGGAUACUAUGAAAGCGGUUAUGGAGAUGCGGGGAAGCGAUAUGCCAUGUGGGCUGCUAGCAUGGCUGUUUCUCAAAAUAUAGGUGUCCCUUGGAUUAUGUGCCAGCAAUUUGAUGCUCCUGAUACUGUGAUUGAUACUUGUAACUCCUUCUACUGUGAUCAAUUCAAACCUCUUUCUCCCAAGAAGCCCAAAAUUUGGACUGAAAAUUGGCCUGGCUGGUUUAAAACAUUUGGAGAGGGAGAUCCUCAUAGGCCACCGGAAGAUGUUGCCUAUUCUGUUGCCCGUUUUUUCCAGAAAGGUGGCAGCGUCCAAAAUUACUACAUGUAUCAUGGUGGAACAAAUUUUGGUCGCACUGCGGGUGGACCAUUCAUCACCACAAGUUAUGACUAUGAUGCACCAAUUGAUGAAUAUGGAUUGCCUCGGUUUCCAAAAUGGGGACACCUUAAAGAUCUUCACAGAGCUAUAAAGCUUUGUGAGCAUGCAUUGCUCAAUAGUGAGCCAAUUCAUAUAUCACUAGGUCCUUCCCAAGAGGCGGAUGUCUACACUGACUCUUCAGGAGCAUGUGCUGCAUUCAUUUCUAAUGGGGAUGAUAAAAAUGACAAGACAAUAGAAUUUCGGAAUGUGUCAUAUCACCUGCCAGCAUGGUCAGUUAGCAUUCUGCCUGACUGCAAGAAUGUAGUAUUUAACACAGCAAAGGUUAGAGCUCAAACCACCAUAGUGGAAAUGGUACCAGAGGAUCUGCAACCACCACCAGCAUCACCAACUAUAGGCGUUAAAACUCUUAAGUGGGAAGUAUUUGUGGAGAAGCCUGGGAUUUGGGGAGAAGCUGACUUCAUUAAAAAUGUCUUUGUAGAUCACAUCAAUACCACAAAAGAUACUACUGACUACCUUUGGUAUACAACAAGUAUAUUUGUCAACGAAAAUGAAGAGUUCUUAAAGAACGGAAGCAAUCCAGUUCUUCAUAUUGAAUCAAUGGGUCAUGCUCUACAUGCUUUUGUGAAUCAGGAACUUGAAGGUAGCGCAUCUGGAAAUGGCACACAUUCACCAUUCAAAUUUAAGAAACCUAUUUCUCUAAAGGCUGGGAAGAAUGAAAUUGCUCUAUUAAGCAUGACUCUUGGUCUAGCAACUGCAGGAGCAUUUUAUGAAUGGAGAGGAGCAGGACCAACAAGUGUCAAGAUUGAGGGGUUCAAUAAUGGGACAAUCGACAUGUCUUCAUAUGCUUGGACCUACAAGAUUGGAUUACAAGGAGAACACCUUGGAUUAUACAAGGCUGAUGGUUUGGAUAAUGUGACUUGGUUAUCAACCUCAAAACCACCAAAGAAACAGCCUUUAACGUGGUACAAGGUUGUGGUAGACCCUCCACUGGGAAAUGAGCCUGUUGGGCUGGAUAUGAUACAUAUGGGGAAAGGUCUUGCUUGGUUGAAUGGAGAAGAAAUUGGAAGAUAUUGGCCUAUAAAAAGCUCUAUACAUGAGGAGUGUGUUAAAGAAUGUGAUUACAGAGGCAAAUUUCUGCCAAACAAGUGCCGUACUGGAUGUGGAGAACCAACACAAAGAUGGUACCAUGUUCCACGCUCUUGGUUCAAGCCAUCAGGAAAUGUUUUGGUGAUCUUUGAGGAGAAAGGUGGAGAUCCAACAAAAAUCAAAUUCUCAAGACGGAAAAUCUCAGGUGUAUGUGCUCUUGUUGCUGAGGAUUACCCUUCUGUUGAAUCUUGGCUUGAAAGUGCAAAUGACAACAAAACGAAAACAUCUGCUUAUUUGAAAUGCCCUGAGAAUACUCGUAUAUCUACUAUAAAGUUUGCCAGCUUUGGAACUCCUACUGGAACAUGUGGAUCCUACAGCAACGGAGACUGUCAUGAUCCUAAUUCCACUUCUGUGGUUGAAAAGCUGUGCCUAAACAAAAAUGAAUGUGCCAUAGAACUAAGUGGAGGAAAUUUCAGUGAGGGUUUGUGUCCUACUGCAACUAAGAAACUUGCUGUGGAGGCAGUGUGCAGCUGAAACUACCAAUUCCAGCAUAGAGAAGAUUCAAUAGCACAUGAUAUAGUUUUUUGCCUACUGCUGUUUCAUCAUUUUUAUUAAUCGAGGUAAUUUAUGUAAAACAGGCAUUGUCCAUUGUGCCCAUUUUUGCCAAUAUAAGGCAUUCAAUAUCAAUACAUAUUCCAAGCAGGUAAAGAUUGACUCUCA